AGGAAGUAUACCCUAAACUAUCCUCCUAAGUCCUAAACUCUUCUACUCUCUCUUUAUCUUUGCUGAAUCUCUUAACUUAAAGAGAACAGAUUACAAAUCUAUUUAUCUCCAAAAGAGAAUCUUCCGUGGCCAGUACAGAGAUAUCUGAAACUUCAGUUAAAUGACUAAAUCAUCAGCAAAUUCGCCGCAGUUUCAGAGAUGGAAACUAUCGUCCAAAAAGGAAACCUUCGGAGAUGGAGACAUGUCGAGAGUCACGAGCUCGUUGAGACAGAAGAAGCAAGGGAAACACGGUUUCACAAGGAAGUGUGGGAGACUGGUUAGAGAACAAGGAGCUCGCUUUUACAUCAUAAGAAAAUGCGUCAUCAUGCUUCUUUGCUGGACUGAUAAUACUAAGAAUUACUCCGACCACUACUAAGUCGAUCAUCAAAUCUUUUUUUUUGUUCUCUUCUUCUUCUUACCUCUGUUUUGAUUUCUGGAAAUAGAUAUAGAGAUAUAAAUGGACAUAAAGGAUCAUCCCUUCUGGUUUCUACGUACUCUUUUAGUUGUAGCAUAGAUUCUAAGUUUGUGUUUUGCUUUUGUUCAUGAGUUUUGAUGUAUGCUCUUGAACAAUAGAGAGUGCGAACAUUUUUUUGUAUUAAAUAGUUAAUUAUAUUCAUUUUCAAC